GCUCUGGGCCAGCCGCCACCCUUUUUUUUUCUGAUGGGGGAACCAUCCCCAGAUGAAGCGGAGCCAAUGCGCCCAGUGGACGCGCUCCUACAGCCACCCUCGACCUCCGAAGGGACGGCUCGUUGGUGGCACUGGGGCGCCAAAAGCUUUGUCUCUUUGGGGGUCGUGGCUCUGACUGCUGCAGCUGCCCUCUCCGCGUCCUCCACGUCCUCCGCGCCGAGCUCUGCGGACAGCAGCAACACCUUGCGACUGUUGGCGACGACACUCAGUUGUCCCAGCGUGGACUGUGGCCAGUUUGCCCGGUCCAGACACAGAGGUCAUUGCAAAGGACCGGAGACUUCGAAACAUUGUCAAAAGAAAUGCUGCAAGCGCAUCAACUGCGAUCACAUCGUGGGUUUCAGCUGUGGCUCCAAUAUAGGGCCCAGCUUCAUGGCAAGGAUGGUGCCACAUGGCUUAGAAGGGCUUCAUCGGCAUAGGAAGCACUGCAAGGGUGAAGACGAUUGCAAAGAUCGCUGCUGUCAAGGGACGUGUGCAGAAACGACCUGUUCAGCGCCAUAUUUGUUCAAAAGGCCCUUUCCACCAAAGUUGUGCACCCUGUCCACCUGCCAGUCGCAGUGCUGCUACGACGAAAGCUACUGCGGCAACGGGCUCAACGCUUGGUCAUCGGCGUGCAAGGCCGGCAAGAGCAAGCUGGAGUGGUGUGAAGGUGAGUUGAUGGUCUCACGAUCUUCGGUCACACAGUCUGAGUGGAAUCACCUGGUCUACGAGAAGGUGGAUGCAGGUGCACUGCCUCCUGGAUGUGAGGAGGACUCCAUUGUGGAUUGCAGGGUGAAUCUACACUAUUCGCUCGUCAGCGUCUUCACGUUCCACAGAUCCGACGAGGGCGUCUCGGUGAACACCGUGGCGGUGGUGCCGGGAGCCACCGAAGCCUUGAGCGGAGGAGAUGAUCAGCAAGUCUUCAAAUGGAGAAUCGUCCAGGGCAAUGUGGGCAUCCUGAGAAACUAUUCAUCUCACACUGCCGCCAUCAAACAGGUCUACCCUUUUGCCGAUGCCACCUUCUUCUGUGCCGCCACUGCAAAGGAGGCGAUGGUAUGGCUGGUGCAGGCUGGGCAUGACCACAAGGAUUCCAUUGAGAUGGAGUUUACCCCUGAAGAUCCACGGAAAGGUGCUGGUCCUGUAGGUGUCACGGGCUGCAUUGGGCUGAAUACCUACGAGACGGCAGUGGUGGGAUUGACCAACAGUUAUGCAGCAUUGUGGGAGUGGAAAGUAAGCCACUUCCUCAGUAUCCCAGUGGACCCAAAGUUGGAAUUCCGCUGGGAGAUCGAAAAAGAUUUUGGAUACUACAAGCAUUGGCCCGCCUGGGACACUGGCCACGGCAUCAAAAAGGCCUUGCUCUCCUGGUGGGAACAUCGCUACCAUUUGUGGAGGGGUUAUGCAGAACGACGACUCACAGACACUGAGACCGAGCCAUCUCAAGGGGUUGUGCCGCCUGAAGCUGCUCCAGCUCCUCCAAAUCCUCCUCCAAAUCGCGAUCUGAAACACAAGUGGUUGGACGAGGUACACAUACGCGCCAAAGUGAAAAAAUCCUCCCUGUGGUACCUGCAUAAGAAGCUACGGCGCUCCAGUAAAGCUGCCCCAUGGGACAACACCUUCACGAACUUGAAUUGGGGUGAUGUCCCCAACUUCUUCUACAAACCCGAUGGCUGGGGAGCCGUGACAGCUCUGGUGGAGAUCCCUUCGGAUACCCUUUUCGUGCUGGGCUACGAGGAUGGAAGCAUCCGCACUUGGCGCACCUACAACGGUUUCAUCGUUUCGGUGAUUCCCAAGGCCCACGCUGGCGGCGUGAACGCGCUGCUGGCCGCGCCCGCGGGCGGCUCCUUUUACUCCGGGGGCCACGAUGGAUUCAUCAAAAUAUGGCGCGCCAUCAAUGGCCAUCCGGUGGGCAUUAUCUAUUCUGCCUUUGCAGGCCCUGUGGCGAGCUUGGCAAUGAUCCCGGGGGGAAACGCAAUCUACUCGGGACAUUACAGUGGUUUGGUCUACCUCUGGGCCGUGAGCGGCACGGCGCUCUGUAAGUUGGACACCGAGGGUGGCAAGGUCAACAGCCUGGCGGUGAAUCCAGGCACCAUCGGACAGCUGCUGAUCGCGCAGGAGAACGGCUACGUGACCGUUUGGUCGCAACGCUGAGGAUGUGACUCGAUGUUUCCGAGCGUCCUUAAAUGAUGGGAGAAGUCAGGAGUCACCCAGGCUUUUGAAAGGUGCCCCAACUAAGAUGUUUGGGGGGUUGAUGGGAUAAUGGAGAGCUCAGUAGAAUUUGGAAAGAUCCGGGGUGCGGGGUGAGGAUUGACAAAUAGUGAAUUCCUACGUGAACCUUUCACCCCAAAGGGGUUUGAGUUUUUUCCAGCUCAAAGAAUAGCAGCGUGCGAGUGGAAGGUGGUGUGCGAGC